AUGGAAAAUUCAUCCAUACCUGGUAUCCUAGAGAAGAUCACUGGGAAGGACAAAGACUAUAGAUAUAUGGCAACUUCAGACCUAUUAAACGAAUUAAACAAAGAGGGGUUUAAACUUGACAACGACCUUGAGUUGAGAUUGUCCAAUACUGUUCUACAACAGGUUGAUGGUGCAGCUUGUGACGUGUCUGGAUUGGAUGUUAAGUGUCUUGCUCCUCUGGUGCUUGCUUUGGAGUAUUUACAUUCCCUGCGUGUGGUUCACCGUGAUAUAAAACCGGAUAAUUUAUUGAUUUUAACUGAUUUUGGGCUGUCAAAGGUUGGUCUAAUUAACAGUAUAGACAAUUUAUCUGGUCCAGCAGUGAGUGGCACAUCACUAUUGGGUGAUAAUGAGACUCACUCAUCUCUCUCAUCUCCAUCUCCAUCUCUGUCUUCCACUGAGACUCAGCAAGAAAGACGCAAAAACCGCUCUGCUGUUGGAACUCCAUACUAUUUGGCAUCCGAGAUUCUUCUGGGAACUGGAAAUGAUUGGUGGUCUGUUGGUGUAAUACUAUUUGAGCUAAUUGUUGGCAUUCCUCCUUCCAAUGCAGAGCACCCUCAGAUGAUAUUUGACAACAUUCUCAACGGGUACAUACCUUGGUAUGCAGUGACAGAUGAAAUGAGCCCUGAUGCCCAGGAUCUCAUUCAUCAAUUACUGACAGAAGAUCCUAACCAGAGACUAGGAGCUAGGGGAGCAACCGAGGAAGCUGAAUAA